UGUAAGUAAGUCAUCAUCGCCUAGUCAAGCAGGCGUCAUUGGGUCAACACGAAGUACGAACACGCUUCUCUUCUCUUUUCUUAUUCUUUCUUACCAGAGAUCUAUGUUUAUUUUUUGCUAUCUCCCAAACAACAUACAAAAUUAUUCACCUUUUUCUUUUCAAACUUUCACUUCCUCUUCCUCGUCUCUCAUUUCCCCAUAAAAUUAACCCAAUUUCUGUUAACAAAAGAAAAACAUAAUAAAACUUUCCUUCAACUUUUGUUUCUAUUUCAUGGGCUGGUCUUCGAUUUGGGAACCAUAGACAAAACACAACCUCCAUGGACAAAUCCCAAAGCUUUCUUCAUAGUUUUCUCCAACACUUUAAAUUCGGUUCUACUACAGAGCGAAACAAUGAAGCUGAAUUAAAAAGAAUGACUUCACAGGAGCAGAAGAUAUUUUCCUAUGAAACCCUUGUUUCUGCCACAAAGAAUUUUAAUGCUAUCCAUAAGUUAGGUGAGGGAGGUUUUGGUCCUGUCUACAAGGGGAAAUUGAGUGAUGGGAGAGAAGUAGCGGUGAAGAGGUUGUCACACACAUCAAAUCAAGGGAAGAAGGAAUUCAUGAAUGAGGCAAAGUUGUUGGCACGUGUGCAGCAUCGGAAUGUGGUGAAUUUGUUGGGUUAUUGUGUUCAUGGAACAGAGAAGCUACUUGUUUAUGAGUAUGUGCCUCAUGAGAGCCUCGACAAGCUUCUAUUCAGUUUGAUGGACGCAGAAUCUGAGAAGAGAAAGCAGCUAGAUUGGAAACGUAGGUUUGGAAUAAUCACAGGCGUGGCAAAGGGAUUGCUUUAUCUCCACGAAGACUCCCACAAUUGCAUUAUCCAUCGUGACAUUAAGGCAAGUAACAUACUGCUUGAUGAAAAAUGGACGGCCAAGAUUGCAGAUUUCGGAAUGGCCCGCCUCUUCCCCGAAGAUCAAACCCAAGUCAACACACGCGUGGCUGGAACCAAUGGAUAUAUGGCUCCCGAGUAUAUGAUGCAUGGAAAACUAUCUGUCAAGGCUGAUGUGUUUAGCUAUGGAGUUUUGGUAUUGGAGUUGAUCACAGGUCAACGAAAUACUUCCUUUAAUUUGGAAGUGGAGGGUCUUACUCUCCUUGAUUGGGCAUACAAAAUGUACAAGAAAAGGAAGAGCUUAGAAAUUGUAGAUUCUACAUUAGCAUCUACAGUUGUAACAGAACAAGUAGGUAUGUGCAUUCAGCUGGCUCUACUAUGCACUCAAGGAGAUCCACAACUACGUCCAACAAUGAGACGUAUCGUAGUGAUGCUUUCAAGGAAAUCACCACAAAGCCACAUGGAAGAACCAACAAGACCAGGAAUACCAGGUAGCAGAUAUAGAAGACCUCCUAGGUACUCUGCUUUGUCUUCCACAGUUGGUACCUCUGGUUCUCACUCUUCUGAUUCAAGCAACACUCUUACUGUUACUGCCACGAUCACUAGUAAAAGUUCAGCUACUGCAGAGUUAGACCUAAGAGGGAAACGUCCAAUGCUGGAUUAGGCUCAAUUAUUUUGAUUAUUAUUAUUCUUUUUGUAAUGUAAGUAUGUGAUUUGAACCUAUUAGAAUGUAAAUAUGAGAUGUUUAGGCUAGGAAUCGCCAGGUUGAUGUGAAAUUCUUAUUCUUUUAAUAUUUUUAAGAUGGAAAUGAGCUGAAAUUCCUGUUAUUAAGGUAGAAAGAACAAGAGGAUGAAAUUCUGUAAAUACCUUGUGUAUUACUGAAUUGAAUGGAUUACAAGAUGUGUUUUCAAUAUAA